AUGACUAGAAUUCUUGUAUUUUUGAUGGUUCUUGUAGGCUUGGCCGUGGCGCAAGGCGAGCCGGCGCUAAACGACUUGAAAAUUGGUAGUCCUGCUUCAGCCCCAACUAUUGAGCCGGGACAACCAGAGAAUGGCUUGCCCUCGUCAUCACCGGGACAACCCGUCGAAUUGCCGGACGUGAGCGUCGGCGAGGAGGAGGGCGCCGACGGCGAAAAGGUCAAAGUGUUCAGCAUCCACUCCAAAGACAUGGGAGAUCAGAAGAUUACGCUCGGCAAGAACAGCGUGAAGGUGCAGUCGAAAACUGUGUUU